AUCAACUGAACACACGACAUCUGCUGAUCUGCAAAGAUUCGCUUCAUCUUGAUCUCAUGUGUGACCGUUCGUGAGAUCUUUUGUUACGUCCAUCGUCACUUGACUAUUAUGCCAGCAUUGUAGAAUUACUCGUGUACUUGAUGCACUUGAUGCAGGCUUGCGCAGCCGUCAAACUUUAAUUUCGGUUGAUAAUAUGCAGGCGCAAACCUUAAGCUUCAAGCCUGGAACAAAUAGCACUUGCGGCCUAGAUCGUGCUAGUACAGUCACACAGAAGCCUUCCUAGUUCCUACUCAGUUUGCGCCAAAGGCACAACUAUUGAUCUCUUGCUCUUUGAGCGGCUUCACACCUAGCCAUUGCUGGCGAGAGUAUCAGCUAUAGAGAGCCGAAAGCUUUGUGCCAUCAAGACUUGACUAUGAGCAACCCCUACACCAGCUCCUCUCGAUAUGUUCGGCUAGCUAUCUCCGUGGUUGCUGCUCUGACAGUCAUAAGUGCACUGUGCUAUGGCUUUUCGAGUGACAGCAAAGUCAGCUUGACUGACUACUGGCCAGCUGCCAAGGCCGAUGCCGCUCUGUUGCCGCACGACCCUGAACUUGUCGAUUCUCGGCCCUUGCAGCCCGCUGAGCAGCUCAGUUGGCCAGUGACACAGGCAUCUAAGCCUUUCUCUGAAUUCUCCGGAGUAGCUACGCAAUCUUUGUUUCCUCGCCCAGGUGCACACUCUGUACCGAAGGGCUACGGUCGAGGAUUAAUAGAUCCGUUGCCUACCAUCGAUUUCACCAAGUAUAAAGAUCUACCGCACGCACACGCGAAUGCGAAUGAGCGCUAUACCUAUGCCACUUUUUUGUGCAACCACGAUCCUGAUCCUCGGCAUGCAUACCUUGCCGCUGUACAGUCGCUGGUCUGGCGCAUCCUUUGGAGCUCUUGGUCUUCCAAGAAAUAUCCUAUGCUGGUCCUUGUCUGCCCGAUAACGCCGCAUUCUGUUCGAGAUGUCCUUCGCGGGCAAGGUGCUAUCGUCGAAGAACUACCGCUUCUAGAUGGUCCGAAGGUUGAGCAAAAUGUCGGCCGAUGGCAAGACAUGUACAGCAAGCUCAACAUCUGGAACUUGACGUCUUGGGACAAGAUUGCAUUUUUGGACGUGGAUGCCUUGCCUGUCGACAAUAUUGAUGAGGUCUUUGAAGUGCCGACACAGCUGUGCAACAAGACUAAAUUGAAUGCUGACGAUUAUCAGCUCUAUCGGGACAAUCCUUCGGAAGCUGAGGGGUACUGCAACUACCUUUUCGCUGGUGUCGAGUGGCAAGAUGACUUUUUGGGGCGACCUGAGCUGAAUGCUGGGUUUCUUGUGUUGAAGCCAAAUAGGCUCAUGCACGAGCGACUGCUUCUCGCCCGCUACAAGACAGACAAAUACCCGUCGAGCCAUGUUGAACAAGGACUACUUGCAAGCGAUGAGGUUGGCUUUGGUCAAAAGUCGGCCUUCCCGAUGCAUCGAUUGAGCUCCGUCUACAACGUUGGAGCGGGCGUAAAUCACGACCAAGAGCUCGUUGUGCGAGCCAAGGUGCUUCAUGAGAAGUUGUGGUACAAAGCUAUGAUGGUCCACAGUGAGCGAAAUCACAAUACUUGGGACAUCGAUUGGAUGGCGAUGUGCCGCUUCUACGACUCGCCUGCUUUUCACGCAUCCCGUAAGUUGGGCUUCCUUCGUAUGACUGUAAUCGACCAGAAUUUCCAAUUUGGAGACGUCCUUUACUUGGAUAUGCUCGACGAUCAGCAGAGAACAGAGCGUUUGGAAUCGCUCGACCGAGACAGGAAAGCAGCCCAAAAAAGCCCCAGCAGAUGAAGCGCGAGACCAAUUGACUUUGGCUCAAGGCGCCCGACCGUGGACUCGCAAGAUGUAUCAACCGUUCGCGAGCGGGUAGAAAGCUUUCCAUUGUAUUUGUGAG